AUGUAAUUUAUUUCAAAGUUGUCAUCCUACUUUGUUGCGAUUGGUACUAAUAUAGAAAGAAGAACAAAAAAUAUUGACUAUGGUAACAUGGCCAAGAUAUUAUAUUAUUUCAUUUAACUGAUUGGAUAUAUUUAUAGUCAGUUUGAACGAAAGGCAAUAUAAUAUUAUGAAAAUGACUUUUUAGCAUAAGUAAGUUAAUAAUCGUCAAUUCCUUUUAUACUAAUUAUCAUUCAUUAUGAUCCUUUGACGAUUUUUGCAUAUUUCUGUGUAUUUAUUGUAAUGUUAAGCACAUUUAUAAUUGUUUUAUUUCAAAUCCUUUUAAAAGUAAAAUCUUGAUAAUAUAAUUAUAGUCCUUACCAUCAUCAUCACCUAUUAAUAAAUUUGUUAAAUUUUAUUUUCAGAACUUUUAAUGGUUUUUUUUGACUCCUUUUAAUGAAUGCAUGAUAGGUGUGAUUACAUGUGGAAAAUAAUCAUAUUUAAUAUAGCAUUCAGUAAUAGAACCAUCAGAAUGUUUAUAACAAAUAUCUCCUCAUUAUGUGAUUAUUAGCUUCUUAGGUGUUAUUUUGGUUUCAUUAUCAGGAAUAGUAUCUGUUUAUUAUUUUAGAAAUUAUGAUUUUUUGUAAGCAGGAUUAUUAAGAAAGUUUUCACAUAUAAAUUUUAUAACUAUAUUUUUACACUAACUUUUAAUUAUUUUAUCAUUUUGGAAAUAAAUGUAUUAAAAUGAAUAUGUAAUUGUGUAUUCAUGUUAUUUCUUAAUAAUGUUUUGUUUAUUAUUUGAUGUAUUUACAUAAUUACCAUUUGGAUUCACUACUGAAACGAUAUUUUAUUCAUAAAUUUUAAUAACUUCAAUUUUCUUUGGUGCAUUAAUAUCAUAUUGGAUGUUUUCAAAAUCUGAUGAUGGAGUUAUUUUCUUAACUAGCUGUAUAAUUAUUCCAGUAUAUAAAAACUUUAAUAUUAGUUAAUAUUUACUUUGAACUAAGCCUAUUUUUAGAAUCAAUUUGAUGAAGAGAGUUUAAGAUUUUGCUCAAAUAUUGGAUAAACCCUGAAUGAGUUUACUUUGGAAUAUUUUGUAUUAAUUUCUCAUCCAAUUACUAUGACUAAGCAAAGUUAUUUUAAAUUUAUUAGAUAUUUAAAUAUUCAUUGUUAAACCUGCAAUGAUAUAAAUUGUCCUUGUAAAAAAUAAUUGAGAAACUAUAUUACAUCAAAUUAGACUUUAGAUUGUGAACCUCUUUAUGUUUGGGUGCAAUAUCAAUUUUAGAAAUUAAUAAAACAGUCUAUGAAUAAAGAAUGUCCUGAUGGGAUUUUUGAAUAAUUAACAAUCAAGUUUGUCACAUUCUUAAAAAAAUAUCGAAGUAAUUAAUAUUUGUCUUUUAAAAAUAUCUAAGAUGUUGUUAUAAGCUAUAAAAAAUAAUAAAAGAAUUAGACUAAUUCUUUAUAAUUUUUCAUUCAUUUAACUAGAUAAAUUUAAUUGAAUAGUAAAUUAGAUAUUGAAUAAUAAAAUCGAAACCAACAUUUACUAAGUAAAAAUGAAUAUAAAUCUUUAAAUGAUUUAAAUUUAUUUUUAUUUUAUGAAAUUUAAAUUAUGUAGAAUAUCAUGAUGGCUCUUUAUUUAUAAAAAGAAUUAUGGACAUGUUAUACUAAUGGAAAUAUAAAAAACUAUGAUGAUUUGAUGGUUUAAUUAAAAAAGAUUUCAAUUUAAGAUUCAAUUGUUCAAAAGGAUUAUAAUUAUUUCAAUUCUUAAAGAGAAGAUUAUAAAUAUGAAAAUAUUUUAAUUAUAAGAUUGUAAUUAUUAAUUUCAAUGGUUUGUUUAGAUGAUUUAAAUAAAUAACUGUCUCUUGCUAAAAAAUUAUAACUUAUGUAAUAAGAAUAAUUAGCUUAAUCAUCUUAUCAAUUUCAUAUUUUAAAUUAUAUAAAUGGUGCAGCUAUUACUAUUUAAUAAUUAGUUUCAUUUGAAGAAUAUGAUAUUAAAAAUAUUUCAAUAACAGAUAAUUGUAAAAAGUUUUUUGGAUAUGAAAAUUAAGAUGAUACACCUAAAUUAAAAUAUUUGAUUCCUAAUAAAAUUAGAUCAAUUCAUAAAGGACUUAUUGAUAGAUUUUUGUUUCUUGGACAUAGUUCUAAAAUUUAUUCUAGUUAAGAUACCUUUAUUGUAAAUAAGAAUUAAUUCCUUGAAAAGGUAUCUAUGAGUUUAACAGUGUUAUUUCCAAAUUAAGGUAGUGAUUACUAUUUUUAUGUAUUUGCACAUUUAUUAAAGAAAUCAGGGUCUCAAAAGUAUAAUUAAAUGAUGAAUCAAUAAGGAUAUAUUUUAAUAGAUAAGAAUUUCAACAUUUUUGGUAUAAGUCAAAGUAUUUAAAACAAAAUUAAUUAAUUUUCAUAAAAUGAAAUCAAUUUUUGUGAAAUUUAUGACAAAUUAUCAAUAUUUUACAUUUUUCCUGAACUCUUAGUAAAAUUACAGGAACAUUUUACAGAUAAAUAAAUAAGAAAUAUAAGAUAAUAAGAUGAAGAAGUAAUAAUUCAAAAAAAUACAAUGAAUUUUGUUUUACCUAAUUAUGACAUUAUAAUAAAUGCUACAAAUUAAAAAAUAAAAAAUAAUAAGAUUGAUUUUGAUAUUAAAAAUAGACAUAUAUUAAACGAUCUUAUAGAAUUUGAGAAACAGUUUACUGAAUAUUAAAAUACAUCUUAUUCUUUUCAAGUAGAAUUUACAAUGAUUUCCAAAAUAUUAAAUCCUUUAAUUGAUGGUAUAUAGAAAGAUUUCCUUUACUUUUUAAUAGAUAUUCAGUUUGAGAAUGAUUAAAAAUCAAGUAAAUGCACUUUUUAAAAGCUUCCAUCUGAAUCAGAUGAAAAUCAAUAAAAGAAUACUUCACAAUAAAAGAUCCAUAAUUAAACAUAAAAUUAAACAUAAUUAGUAAUUUAAUCAUUUGAAUCCGAAAAUCGAGAGUUUUUAAGCUAUAAAUAAAUUAGAGCAUCAUCUACUACUUCAGAAAAGAGAAGUAGCAAUAAUUUAAAUUUUUAAAUCACUUUUCUUCGAUAAAUGAUAACUAAUUCUAUAUUGCCGAAUCAAAUUUCAAAUUUAUAGUCCUUUUUUUUAUUAUAAAUUAUAUUAAUAAUUGGUAUAAUUAUAUCAUUAUUAAUAUUUUUUGAUAGAAAAUCCUCUAUGUAAUCAGAUUGCAUUAAAAUUAUCACUUUAGAUUUAGAUUUUCUUGAUGCAUAUUCACAAAUAAUGAGUGGAUCUAGACAUUUAAUAUAUUAUAGGGAUUUUUAUACAUAAAUGAAUGACUCCACUUUGUUAAUUGAUAAUAAAGUCUUAAAUUUUAGCAAAUACAAUAGACUAUAUAUUGCUUGGAAUCACUUAAAUCUUGGAUUGAAUAGAUUAAUAAGCAUAUAUGAAUAAAAUAGUAAAGUCUUUUAAUAAAAAUCAGAAGAAUCUAUAAAUAUUUAUAUUAUUAAUGGUAAUCUUUAGAAUAAAAUAAUUUAACCAGUUUCUGAAUUAACUACUUAUUUUUAAAUAAUGUUUUAAAUUUUCUACUUAUCUUAACAAACUUAAAGUUAAAAUAUUUCAAAUUAUUUAUCAGAUUCAAUAGACUCUUACUCAACCUAAAUCAGUAGAUCUUUGGUAUACUAUAAUUAUUUUGAUGUUGUUAAGAUUUUCCAAAUGAAAAUUGAUUCUUGUAAAAAUUACAAUAAUUAUAUAAAUGAAUAUUUAGACUCUAUUUCAAAUUAUGUAUUUGUUGGCUUCUACAUUAUUGCUAUUUUAAUUGCCCUCUCAUAAUUGAUAUUCAACUAUAAAGUAAAUAAAUAAAUAAAAUUCAAUUUUGAUAUAUUCGUCAAAUGUGAUUCUUCAGAUGGAAAUCUAUUUAUAAGAAAAAAUGAUUAGUUGAAACAUAUUUUAACAAGUAAUUCAGUUCUAUUAAGAAAAUAAAGUUUCAUGAGACUUCUAGAAAAACCUUUUGCUGAGUAUGAUCAAAUAAAGGUUUAAAAUCAUAAUUCAAUGUCAGCAAUAGUAAAAACUUUCAAUUCUUAAGAUAAACAUAUAGUAAUAAAGAAUCAUCUUUCAAAGUUUAAUUAAAUAGUCACUUUGACUUUUAUUUGUGUUAUAGGACUGAGUUAUGGAAUGGGAUUUCAAAUAUAUUAUAAUAUCAUUUCAAAUAAUGUAUAACCUUAUAAUGAAGAAGCUAUAGAUUCUUAAUAGCUUCGAUUAACUUCAAUCACAACAAUUAACAAAUAUGAUUAGUAUUUAAUUAAGACUUUAUUUGAGUCUUAUUAUAAUUUAGCAUUAAAUGAUUCUUCGUUUAUUGUAACUGAAAAUAUAUUAUCUGAUUAUUUAAUACUAAAUUAAUUAGAAUUUAAUACUACUCUUUUAAGUUAAGAAAUUAAAGAAUUUUAACAUUUGAAUUUUACAAAUUUUCUAUUUAAUUCUAAAACUUUUAAAACUAUAAGUGAAAAUGAAUAAAAUGAAAUUUUAUUACAUGAUACUUGUGUUUUAACAGGUUGUGAUAUGUAUUCUUAAUUGCUUAAACAAAGAAUGUUUAAUGAAAUCUUAAAUCCAUUUUUUUAUUAAGGAAUAGUUAACCUACACUAUAUAUUGUCUUAAAUAUAUUAUGAAAUUGAUAUAAGUUUAUAAUAUCCAUAAAGUAAUUUAGAUAGAUUUAAGAAAAUUCAAAAUUUUUUUAAUGAACAUAAUUAUAUGAUUUAUAUAAUGUGGGGACUUGAUGCAAUUUAAUUUUAAAUUGGUUAAUUUUGUUAAUAUUUUGUGAAUGUUUCUUUGGAUGCAAUAUCCAAUUUAACCAUAAACUCUUAAUAGAGCAUUAUUAUUUUUGGUCUCGUAACAAUAUUUGCUAUAAUAAUUCUAUAAUUGCUAUUUAUUUAUUACUAAAUUUAAAGAUAUCACUUAUCGAAAUCACUUUUGAAAUUAAUUCCUCUCGAGAUAAUUUUCAAGAAAAACUUAUACAAAUAAUUAGUACUUCAUGAAAAAAGAAGUCGAGUUGAUUUAACAUUUUAAUUUUGA